UCUCAAUGUUGUUACCGUUAUUACUCAAGUAAAUUUUAAUUGUUUUCUUAUUUUAAGACUAAUGAUAAGAAAAUAAAAUAUAUUCUAAACUAUAAAUCAUAAACAAAGAUUAGAUGAGUUGACCUUCUUUGAAUAGCAUAAUUCUUCUUUAAAUUUACAUUACAAGUACUUGUUGUUCCCUCCAUUUACAUAUCCUCACCAUUUUGUUUCUUUGUUCCGUUUCCUUUCCCUCGUUUUCUCCCCUUUCUCUCUCUUCCCGCUUUUUCUCUAUUCCUAACUCAGAUCUCAUCAAUUCUUCUCAAGAAAAACCAAGAAUUUUCCAAUUCGAUUGAUUCUUGAAUUUCGUGUCCUGGUUUUCCCUCUUCUUUCUUGAAUUGAAAAAUCAAGAAUUUGGGAAUUUUGGUCAGCUUGAAAAGAAGUAAAGCAGAUCAUGCAGCCAAAUAAAGAGCUACCAUUCACAUCGAGUAAACCGCCGUUAGGAGACUACCACAGGUUUUCUACUGACCCACUUCAGCAACAACCUGAAGGCAUCGUUGUUAAGUCUACUCCACUGAAACGGAAGAGUGAAACAGCAAAUUCCGAACAGGGAGUUGGUGCACAGGUUGCUGGAGACACCAAUAGUCCAAUACAGACGCCAAUUUCAGGGAAAGCUGGAAAGUCACAGAAAGUGCCUAGGACAUCAAAGGCCAGAUCUGCUGCUCAAGCUGCUACCUCAAAUUUAGGAUCCCCUUCAGGCAAUAAUGUUACUCCAGUUGGCCCUUGCCGCUAUGACAGCUCCUUAGGUCUCUUAACAAAGAAGUUCAUUAACCUGAUCAAGCAUGCAGAAGAUGGCGUUCUAGAUCUAAACAAAGCUGCUGAUACAUUAGAGGUGCAGAAACGGCGUAUAUAUGACAUCACAAAUGUCCUGGAAGGCAUUGGUCUGAUAGAAAAGAAACUCAAAAACAGGAUCCAGUGGAAGGGUUUAGAUGUCUCAAGACCAGGGGAAGUUGAUGAGAGUGUUACAAGUUUACAGGCAGGAGUAGAAAAUUUGACGGUUGAAGAAAGUAGAUUAGAUGAAAAGAUAAGAGAAAUGCAAGAAAGAUUAAGGGACCUGAGUGAAGAUGAAAAUAAUCAAAGGUGGCUUUUUGUUACUGAAGAUGAUAUAAAGAGCUUACCUUGUCUUCAGAAUGAAACGCUGAUAGCUAUUAAAGCUCCACAUGGCACCACCUUAGAAGUCCCAGAUCCUGAUGAGGCUGUUGAUUAUCCUCAAAGGAGAUACAGAAUAGUGCUUCGCAGCACCAUGGGACCCAUUGAUGUUUACCUUGUCAGUCAAUUCGAGGAAAAGUUAGAAGAGAUAAAUGCUGUUGAGGAACCAUCAACCCUGCCUUCAACAUCAGGUUUCAAUGAGAAUGCAGCUGCAACAUUGCCUGCUGAGGAUGGCGGAGGAGUUGAAGUCGGGACGGAAGAACAAGAAAAUCAAAGAGGGUGUCUAGAUGUUGGCACUUCUCAGGACCUUGCGAGUGGAAUUAUGAAGAUUGUUCCAGAUGUUGAUAAUGAAGCAGAUUACUGGCUUUUGUCAGAUGCUGAUGUUAGCAUCACUGACAUGUGGAGAACAGAGUCUGUUCUUGACUGGAACGAGUUGAAUGCAAUUCAUGAGGAUUAUUCGAUUGCGGAUGUCAGUACUCCACGUGCCCAAACUCCUCCAUCCAGUACCACUGAACUACCUUCUGCAAGUACUACUGGAAGCUGAGUAGUAUUUCCUGGCUUGGUUUUCAGAUGAGUGCUUGAACUUGGUGUUCAAAAUGAUCAAUUCUCCAUCAGCAAAGGUGAUGCUUUGUUCUCGGUAUGAUAAAAGUUCUACGUUGAAUUAAUUCAUCCUCUGUAUAGCCCCUUGAAUGACCUAAACGAAAGAACAAGUGCAUUCAGGAGCUUUUCCAGAAAGCUCCUUCAGGAAGUUGGCAGUUUGAUGCGCAAGAAAUGAGCUUCAUUGUACAGUUAGUAUAUACCAUUGUACUUGUAGUGGCAAUAAUCAGAUGGUUCAACCGCUGUCUAAAUUCACUGUAUUGUCU